CACCGAGCCGGUCCGUGUGGUCAGUCCCAGUCCAGCCGUGUGCAGGUAUCACAUUACCGCUGACCACAGCUCAGGUUACACCCCACACACCAGCACCAUGACGCGGAAGGCCAGUGUAGAUUUCCGCGGUCCCCGUAAGAAGAGUUACGGAACCAUGAGUGUGAACGGUUUGUCGGGCGAGCAUGGGGAGCCUACGGACGGGGAGGUCAUGGCCGCCGCCGCGUCUGACUCCUGGUUUGAAGACUUGAUCGGCUCGAGACACGUCAGGUGUCCUACCUGUAACGGUUCCGGGAAAAUACCCAAAGGUCAGGAAGACAAGUUGGUGGCGCUGAUUCCUUAUUCAGACAACAGACUCAAGCCCAGAAGAACGAAACUUUACGUGUUUAUCGCGGUGUUUAUAACGUUACUUGCCUGCGGCCUGCUGAUAUUUUUCCUGAUGCCGCGGGAGGUUCAGGUGUCGAAUAACCACAUCAAAAAAAUCGACGUCCACGUCAACAAAACUCAGGGCACCGUCUGGAUUUAUAUGGAGAGUGAAGUAAACGUGACCAACUGGAAUUUCUUCCCUGUGACCAUGGGCAGCAUGAGUCUCCAGGUUUUGUACCAUGAGACGGUCGUCGGCAAAUCUCUCACCACGGCCACCGACAUGGUCCCAAUCCGCGCACACAAGCAGGUGAAAGUUUCCGUAAACACGACGUUCGAUGAUUCAAAGGAUCUCGGCUACGUGGCGGAACUGUGCUCCAACCCUAUAGACUGGGUGCACCACCUUUUCCUGCAGCU